AUGCCUGAUCAGGACAAAAAGUUGAAGAGCACAGCAAAAGCAAUAAAAACAAAAGCCUUCUGGGAUCUCUAUGAGGUGGAUUAUUCUGAUCUAAAAAGGCUUCAGUCUCUCUUAAGUGUUCAGUCAAGGAACCAACAGCUUCCAGCUAUAUAUAUUGAAAGUGGUCAAACUAGUGUGACAAGAACUUGGCAAAAUGUCAAAAGCGAUGAACAGCAGUCCAAUGGUCAAUGCCAAGCAUCAACAGAAGCUGUUGAGCUUGAGAAAUUUAGUGUGACCUACAAGAAUGAGAGAAAUUUUAGCAAGCAUCCCAAGCAUCAGCUGUUUCAAGAUAUCUUUACAACAUUAGUUAAGGACAGAUUAAUUUACAGGCAAUGGGUUAUUCAAGCUCCGUGCAUGCAUUUUCUUAGAUUAUUAAUCUGCCUGAGAUUAUUAAUAAGAGAUCCAUGCUACCAGGAAAUGCUCCACAGCCUGGGUGGAAUUGAAAAUCUAGGUCAAUAUAUGGAAACAGUAGCAAAUUGUUAUCUCAAUUACAAGGAAGAGCAGCGCAAUGUAGACAAGUUGGUCAACAUGACAUAUAUUUUCCAAAAGCUUGCUGCUGUUAGAAAUCAAAGGGAAUAAGAUAUAACAAGUGGAGCACAUAAAACCUUAGUAAAUUUAUUAUUUGCCAGAGACAGUUAUGUGGUUUUUAGUGCCCUCCUUGCUCUGACUAGCUUAGUAGAACGUCCAGAAUGUAGAGAGGAGAUAAGUGAGAUUGUUGAGAACUUGCUGGUGAUAUUACAUGAAUAUGAUUUUCUCUCUAACAGGUUCAGAACAGAGUUGCUAUGACUCCUUUGUGCAGAGUCACGAGUCAAAGAGCAAAUAAAAAUGUACAAAGGAAUUCCAGUCUUGCUCAGUUUGCUCCAUUCUGAUUGCAUCAAAAUUCUAUGGAGUAUAGUUUGGAUUCUGGUACAGGUUUGUGAAGCUCCUGCGACUACUGUGGAAAUUAGGAUCUGGGGUAGAAUCAAGCAGCUCCUUCAUAUGUUACAGGAGUAGGUUUUCAGUCCUCAACAUUGUGGCAAUUCCAUUUUUAACACUGCAACUGCAGCAGGGAGAAUCCGGUAUCUUCAUUUGUCAGAUGAACUGAGUCCUGAUGAGAUACAAGAAAAUACUUGCUCACUUCAAGCAGCUAGUUGUGCUGCAAUUAUUGAACUAGUGCUCAAUGAGGCUAAUGCUUACCAGGUUGUACAAGCAAAUGCAAUAUAUACAAUAGCAAAGCUAAUUUUAUCAAACAAAGAAAGGAAUGCUGAAAAAGCCAGUUUAUUACAGAUAACUCCCUUUAUUAUCAUUUGUAGAAUAAAUAUAGGCCAAAUAAGCAUCGGAUGCCUCUUGGUUUUGCAUGUCAUUACCCCCGUAAAUGUACUGGUUAGAAAUGUAUUGAAGCAAAUUGCUGAAAGUACUGAGAACAUGAAUCAGAAUAAGGCACCCACAAAUCGUGUAGGCAAUGAUGCAAUUUUAGAGCACCUUGGCAGUGGAGCUUUUGGAAGUGUAUGUAAGGUUAGAAAGAAUAAUGGACAACAUCUCCUGGCAAUGAAAGAAGUCAAUUUACACAAUCCAGCAUUUGGAAAGGACAAGAAUGACAGAGACAGCAAUGUAAAAAAUAUUGUCUCUGAAUUAGCCAUCAUCAAAGAGCAGCUUUAUCAUCUAAAUGUUGUAUGGUAUUACAGAACCUUCUUGGAAAAUGACAGGUUGUAUAUAGUGAUGGAUCUCAUGGAGGGGGUGCCAUUGGGAGACCAGUUUCACUAUUUCAAGGAAAAGCAACAACAGUUUACAGAAGGAAUAUGGCAUAUAUUUAUCUGACUUUGUCUAGCUCUUUGUUAUUUGCAUAAAGAGAAAAGGAUUGUUCAUUGAGAUCUCACUGUGAGCAAUAUCAUGUUGGAGGAUAAAGACAAAGCUACAAUUAUUAAUCCUGAAGUUGUAAAGGGUGAGCUGUGUGGAGAGAAGGCUGAUGUCUGGGCUGCAGGAUGCAUCCUUGAACAGAUGGCCAUGGGCCCACCAGUUUACAGCACCAAUGUGCCCUCCUUAGCAACUGAGAUAGUAGGGGCUGUGUAUGAACCUGUGCCAGAAGGACUGUACUCUGAAAAAGUCUCAUUUACCAUUAAGAGAGAAUGUUCUUCCUGUGGCUGCUUGACUCCUGAUGCAGAAGCAUGUCCAGACAUGUUAGAAAUCACCUCACUUGUGCCUCAUGUGAUGAUGAAAUAUCUGGAAUUUUUAUCCACCUCUCAUCUUAUGCUGGAGAAGAAACUGGAUUGGGAGAGGAGACAAACCCAGUGGUACUUCAUGGAGGCCAAUUGAAAUGCAGUAACUUAUCACCAUCAACUUCCCAUUUUAUCACAAGUAUUUUCUCUGAAUGACAAUGAGAUAGACAUAGUGGACAAUUCAAGCAGCUCCAGUUCAAGUAAUUUGGAAGAGUCUGCUGUUGGUAUAAUUAAACAAAGUUUCAGUGUUUCUGAAAGACAGCCUCAGAUAAGAGAUUAUGUUGACAGUUCUGGAUAAAGACUGCGAUCAGCAUUGGCAGGAAUUGUUGAAUCACAAGGAAAGGUGCAUCAGAUCAGUGACCCUGUUCAGCAGAUUCUUGUUCAGCUGCACAAAAUUAUCUUCACCACUAAACUUCCUCCAGCUUUGCAAUGCAACUUGGAAAGGAGAAUCGUUGAGAGAUUCAAGAAGUCCCUUUUCAGUCAGAAGAGCAAUCCUUGUAAACUGGAAUCAGAAAUCAAAAAGGUGUGGUACACCAUUUACUACUUGUGUUCAAAUGCUGCUGAAUUGAUUGAACCCAAUAUCUUCACAACAGAUUGGCAUGGGGUACAUCUUUCUUCAGGUGGAAAUAUGCUGCUGCCAGAUGAUAGAAAAGGCAUUCUUGGCACUUCUGGCAUGGCAGAAGGGAUGACAUAUGAGCAGUUGCAGACUCUAAUUGAAGAGGUUCUAGAGGAAAGUGGUUAUUACAGUUUCUCUUCUUACAGAGGAAUUAUCACCAUCUCUGAUGGGCUCAGCCUUGGCCAGCAGCAGUGCUGGAGCCAGUGGGCAUUGGCUCUGUCAGACCUGGGGGAAGCUUCUGGCAGCUUCUCACAGAAGCCGCUCCUGUAG